AACCUGAAUUCAACUUUCACUUUCCAUUUGAUAUCAUGAGUUAACCUUUUGGUUUCACUUUCCUCAUGUUAACUUUGUUUAUAUCAUUAUUAUCAUCUUAAAUCAUCCAACACUAACAAUCAUAAUUAAAUCAACAUUUCCUUUUAAUUUUUCAAUCAACAAACAACAACAUAAACAUCGAAAAAAUCAAAAAUUUCAUCAUUUUGAUAUUUACAAGUUCCCAUUGAAAUUGCUAUGGGAUUUUCAUUGUUAAUUGUUACUUAAUUAUUUCAAUCAUAUUUUCAUUUGUUGUUGUUUUUUCCAUUUAGUUUUAAAGUUUUUUCACUAACUGUUUGUGUAUCUAUUAAAUUAUUAACUAAUUAUGGAUAAAACAGAUGAAAUUGUGCCUAACAAUCAACGACCACCUCAACAAUUAGCAGUUCAAGUUAAUGAUCUUUACUUAGGUUAUAAUCAAACUGGGAAUAUAUUGAAAGGCGUUCAAAUGAAUGUUAAACCAGCUUCAAUUUACGGAUUAUUAGGUCCCAGUGGUUGUGGUAAGACUUCAUUGAUCAAAUGUCUGGUGGGUUAUUUUAAACCCGCUCGUGGUAAUAUCUUUAUUCAUGGUUAUCCUUUGGGUUCCGAGAGACUCAAUAUUCCUGGCCCUGGAGUUGGUUACAUGCCUCAAGAGUGUCAAUUGUAUAAUGAGUUAACCAUUGAGGAAACAUUGAGAUACUUUGGUCGUCUCUUUUUACUUGAGAGUAAAAAAAUUGAUUCAGCCAUUGAUUAUCUGAUUAGUUUACUUGAUCUUCCACCAAAAACAAGGAUGAUUUCCGGUUUAUCGGGUGGACAAAUGAGACGAGUAUCAUUUGCAGCUUCCAUUAUAAGUAAACCUAAAUUGGUUAUUCUUGAUGAACCAACUGCCGGUGUUGAUCCAAUGGUUACUCGGUCAAUUUGGUCUCAUUUGGCUCAUCUUUCAAAUCAAUUGUCCAUUACGGUUAUAGUGACCACUCAUUAUAUUGAAGAGGCAAGAAAAGCUGAUUGUGUUGGAUUAAUGAGAAAGGGUAAACUUUUAGCUGAAGAUAAUCCUGAAGUUAUAAUGAAAAGAUAUGGAGCUGUUACCUUGGAACAAGCAUUUCUUUGUAUUUGUAACAAUCAACAAAUUGUUAACUCAACUAUUGAUCCAAUUUCAUCGUCAUCGUCAACCUUUUCCCUUUCAUCACCAUCUUCAUCAGAAAUUGCUACAAUUACAGAGACUCCUGAUCCCCCUGAUAAUCAGUAUUCAGGUGAAAUUAUUUAUCAACCUAAAGCGGCUUAUAGUCCACUUGAUUUGAAUAAAUUGUUCACCGUUAAUCUUGACCAUUGGUUUACCAUUGUGUCCAUUAUUUUUUGGAAAAACACUUUAAGAAAUAUUCGUAAUCUUCCGUUCUUGGUGUUACAAUUUAUCGUUCCAGUGGUUCCAGUUGUACUUCUUUGCAUUGCUGUAGGUUUAGAUCCAUUUGAUGUUCGAGUGGCCAUAGUUAAUCACGAUCGUGGCGGUGAAUAUAGUUCAAUGUUUCUUAAGCACAUUGAUACUUAUCACAUUAAUGCUGUUCCAUAUGAAUCGUUGGACGAAGCUCUGGACGAUAUAAAACACCAACGAACUUGGGGUGUCCUUCAUUUUAAGCAUAACUUUUCCAACUCCAUUUUGAAUCGAAUCGAUUUUACCAAUCCAAGUUUAUCCAAUGAAACAAUUGAUUCCUCAACGAUCAAACUUUACGCUGAUUUAACAGAUGAUCUAACGGUUAUCCAUGUAACACGAAGUUUAGAUCGGACUUUUCAUUCAUUUGUUAGAAAUGCUUUAGCUGAAAAGGGCAGGAAACCAACUAUCGCCGCUUUACCAAUUAAAAUGGAAAGACCAAUUUUCGGUGAGGCCAAUGUUAAUCGCCACAAUAAUUUCAAACGAUUCACUCUACCGGGCUUCAUGGCUGCCGUUUGUUUCACCAUUGGUUAUACUAUUACAGCGGUUAUCAUUAGCUUUGAACGAAAUGAUAAUAUGCUGGACAGACAUUAUGUUAUCGGCGUUUCUCCGUUACAAUUUCUGGUGGCUCAUGCUUUUAACCGGCAAAUAUCCAACAUUAUUCAAAUUUCAACGGUUCUAUGUACUUGUGUUUAUGUCCUACAAAUAUUGGACAUGCCUGCGUUCACCCAACUAUUGACAUCUUUUUUCAUCCUUUUCAUUGUUUCCAUUAACGGGAUGAGUCUCGGGAUGGUUAUCUCUUCACAAAGUAGUCGAAUUGAUUUAAUUUUCACUUUCUCCAUUGCUGCCAUGUUUGCUUUCAUGAUAUUCAGUGGUGUCCUUUGGCCGAUUGAAUCAAUGUCUCCUUGGUUACGAGCUAUUUCAAAAUUAUCUCCAGUCACUCAGGGGGCACAAGGGCUGAGAAAUACUCUACUUCGAGGUUUAGGUCCAUGGCAUUCGGCUGUUCUUCCGACAUUUUAUAUCUGCUUUGGUUGGUCUUGUCUCUUGUUUGCUAUUGGAAUCAGACAAUUUAAGUUUACAUGUAAAAAAGAAGGAGAAAUGUCAAUGGAUCAAGAGGAUAACGAUUGGAGUAUCACCUGUUCUGAUGAUGAGCUUUAUGAUGUAGCCAAUAAUCUAGUGAUACCUUUCAAUCAACCCGGUGGGAUAAAAGUAUGGGAACCAAGUGGUAAUAAGAUAUCGACCUUGUAUAAGCAACUAGAAAAAUGUGAUUACAUUGAACUGAAAUGGGUCUGUCCAGAAAAGAGAUCACCUUCAGAUGAUUCAAGAGAUUUGGUUGAUAUAAAUAAGAUGACCGAGUCAAAUGAAAAUAAGCCAAGUUCAGUGGAACCAAAUCAAUUUGAUUUCGACGAGGAACAACCAGAAAAAUAUAACAAUUUCCCUAAAUCAGGUCCUAAGCGACGGACAACACAAGUCUUCACCAUAAUGGACAUUCCAGUGACAGUAAAAGAUUUACUUCUUUGCUAUUUUAUUUUCUCUUCUCUGUUCAUAGUUACAAUAAUUUCCACAGAUGACAAGACAUCAGAAUCUCCAUCAUCUUCUACAUCAACUCCACCACCACCAUCAACCGGUGAUACAAGUAUCUUUGCAGAUCUUUUCAAUAAAUUGAUGCACAAUAGUAAAAAUCCAACAUGUCCUGGUGAAUGUCUUCAUGCAAUUGCAUCGCUUUUUUGUGAACAUGUUCUGGAAGAAGUUACUUGUGGUGAUCCUUUCCUAAGAUGUUGUGUGCCCAGUGGCUCAAAUUACGGGACAGCAGUUGAAACAUCACCUCCAUUUGAUGUUACCAAUCAUCCCAAUGAAACAACCAUUUAUUACAAUUUAACAUCAACAACCUCAUCUCCAUUAUCAUCCUCAUCCUCAUCACUAUCCACAUCUUCAUAUUCAUCAACUGAACCUUCAUAUUCAUAUUUUAGUACAUCACCUUUCUCAUCACCAUCACCAUUAUCAUCCUCAUCUUAUUAUUCCUCAUCAUCGCCAUCUUUUUAUUCAUCUUCACCUUAUCCCAGUAAUCGACCCUGGUACACUUCAGUUUCACCAGUCACCCAAUCUAAUUCAGGACAUUUUAGUCUUCCAACAAGACAAACCUCUGCUCCAACAACCGCAACUCCUACGACAACCACCGUAAAGAUUAACCACCGGUGUCCUGGUGUUUGUGUUCUCUCUCGAUUUGUUAUUUAUUGUAGUAAUAUCUCAACCGAUGGAAUCUGUGAUAAUCUCAUGGAAACAUGUUGCCUUCAAUCAGAAAAAGAUUCAAGUAAUUUAACUCUCUCUCUCAUCCCAAACCGUAAUUCAUCCCAAGUACCACCUUCAAUCUACAAGUCACCACUGUUGCCAUCGUCAUCAUCAUCAUUACCAUCACAAUCGCCACAAUUUUCAACCACAUCAUUGGAAACUUCAACGACAUCUCAAUCACCACCGCCAUCAAAAUCACCAUCAUCAACAACGAUAAACUACCCACCGACUACUGAAUCAACAACCACAAGCUCAUCUUUCGAUAAUAACAUUGGCUCAUCGGCUAAUGUUUCAGAAUCCGUUAAAGAUCAAUCUAGUUCAGAGGAAAAUAAAUGCGAUGGAAUGUGUGUUAUCCCUUUCCUCAGUUUUGUCUGUGAUGAAACGGAUACAACGAAAGUUUGUUCUAAUGGUGGUACAUGUUGCUACAAUCAUGAACCUUCAACAACUCCACCGCCAAUACCAGGAUGUUCAGGGGCCUGUAUACCAACCUGGUUAAGUGGUAUUUGUCAACUUCCCUCUGAACUUGUCUUGAAAACAGCUAAUUGUAUGUCGGGGACAAUUUGCUGCCAUUACCAAGAUCGUCGUCCAGCUAAUGAACGUCCACCACCACCACUAUUCAAUGGUCCACCCCCAGGACCACUUCGUAUACCUGUUCAUCCUCCACCCUCAGUGAACAAUUAUCCCAUGGGUCCACCAAAUAUUCAACAUUUCCAACGACCAAACAUCCCAAUGAAUACUCAAGGUCCACCUCAAGGUUUACGACCUCCACCACCGCCAAUGAAUUAUCAACCACAGACUCGCCUCCCACCGCCACCAUCACCUCCACAUAACUUCACACCAUUUAUUCCCAAUCGAAAACCACAGAUCCAAAUUGCACCACCUCAACCUCAACCACAACCUAAACCUCAGCCAAUUCCUGCUCCACCAGUAGCCUCACCUCAUGAAGAACUGGAACUCACUGGAUUCCUUGGUUCUCCCCCAUCACAACCUGAGCCCAAUGUUUCAGAAACAAAUCCCGCUGAGAUGGAAGUUCUUGUUCCCUUAUCAGAUAGUUCAUCAUCUUCUCCAUCUAAUCCUCCCGGAUUUGACAAUAACCCAAGUGUAUCGGUAGCAGGAUUCCCGGGCGGUGUUCCCUUCUGUCCUGGCCCAUGCAUCGCACCCUUUUUCCGGUUUACCUGUUUCGGCGGGAACUCAAUCUAUCCUAAAUUUUUCUGUGCCAAACAAGGACAAAUUUGCUGCGCCGAUCUUAACGAUAUUCAAACCUACGAGGCCAAUAUAAAGGCCAAUAAUGGAGUAUGGAAACCAUCAAUUCCCUCAAAGAUUAACUCAUCAUCACUUGAUGAGUCGAGUUCUGUUACUACUCCAACAAUUAUCUUACCUCCAGUUAAACCACCUCCAAGACAGGCAACUCCUUAUUCGUGUGGAUUCAAGGGUAACCAGCGUCGUGAGUCCCCUCGAAUCGUCGGUGGUAACGAUGCCCUUCCCGGGGAAUGGUGUUGGCAUGUGGCCUUAAUCAACGCCGACAAUCAGUACAUUUGUGGUGGAGCAUUAAUUGGAUCUCAAUGGAUUUUAACUGCUGCUCAUUGUAUAACAAAUUUGGUUCGUAAUGAUGAAUCGAUUUAUGUUCGUGUUGGUGACUAUGAUUUAUCCGCUCAAAUUAAAAGUAAAUCAGCUCAAACUCAGAAAGUGUCAACAACUUAUAUUCAUCAUAAUCAUAAUGGUGUUACUUUGGAUAAUGAUAUUGCAUUAUUAAAAAUUCAAUCUCCUGUUCAGAUAAAUGAUUCAAUUUGUUUAGUCUGUUUACCUGAACGUGGAUCAACCCGUAAACCAGGACAAAGAUGUACAGUCACUGGUUAUGGUUAUCGUGAAGAAACUGGUCCAAUUGCUUUGAAAGUACGAGAGGCUGAUGUACCCAUAGUAGAUGACCAAGAAUGUACCACGAAGAUACAAUCAGUGACCGAGAAGACAUUUAUCCUUCCCACUAGCAGUUUCUGUGCAGGAGGUGAAAGAGGAAAUGAUGCUUGUCAGGGUGAUGGAGGUGGACCCUUAGUUUGUGAGGUUGAUGGUUUCUAUGAGCUUACCGGUUUAGUUUCAUGGGGAUUUGGAUGUGGACGAUUAGAUGUACCUGGAGUUUAUGUUAAAGUCUCAAAUUUUAUCGGAUGGAUUCAUCAGAUAAUAAGUGUCAACAAUCAAUAAACAUUUAAUCAUCAUAAUGUCAUAAAUAUAUAUUAUUUCAAUAUCAGAUUAAAUCAAUGGUAUAAAAAAUAUAUAUUAUCAUUUGCACCCUUCAA